GGUCAACAAUAAUGCUACACAAGCAAUUGCGAUAGAUUCUACAUUCAAUUGACGCAACAGCAUACACCAUGUCCUCCAAAGAGGGGCCCGCUAGAUUCCAUCCCUACGAUACAAGCAAAAAGCCCAAAAUCCAUAGAUCCAAUACAUCCAACACGGAGAAUACCACAGGAUCAAAACGCAACCACAAUGCAUCCACCACCCAAAAACAGCCAGCAAACAAAAACUCCACAGGAGACAAGGGCCUAUCAAUCAACGACCUAAAAAAGCGAAUCCGCGACGUCAAGCGUCUCUUGACCCGUGUCGAGCAUCUAUCCCCCGAAGCACGGAUUGUCCAAGAACGAGCUUUGAAGGGUUACGAGCGAGAUUUGGAACAGGAGCAGGCGCGUCGUCAGCGCUCGGAGAUGAUUAAGAAGUAUCAUUUUGUGCGGUUUCUAGAUCGAAAAACAGCAACAAAACAGCUCCGAACCGCUCAACGAGAAUACGGAAAAACGAAACAGCAACAAGAAGAAACUGGUACAGUGGAUAACACGAAACUUGCUACGCUUCAGAAACAGAUCGAUAUUGCACAGAUUGAUGUUAAUUAUACGAUAUAUUACCCGCUUACGGAGAAAUAUAUAUCACUCUAUCCGCAGGAGAAGAAGCGGCGGGUUGUGAAGGAUCAUAAUGAGAAUGCUGCCAAUGGCGAUGAUAAUGCCAUUGAGAUCGAUGAGGAAAUGCAGACGUCUGAGGAUGACACUGGGAACGGGAAAGAGGAAGGGAAACCGCCAAUGUGGGAUAUCAUUAAGAAAUGUAUGGCUGAAAAGACGCUGGAUCAGCUGCGAGAUGGAAAGUUGAAUAUUGGGUUUGAUGGGAAACCGAUACAGAAAUUGGAUACUGCCACAGUGACGAACGUGUCGACGAGUAUCGGUGCCAAUGAGGUUAAGAAGAAGAAAGAGGAGAAGACUGAGACGAGGAAAGAGGAUGACAAGAAGAAGAAUAAAAGGAAGAGGAAGGAGGUUGAGGUUGAAGAACGGAAAGAGGAUGAGGAUAGUGAUGGUGGGUUUUUCGAGGAGUGAUCUUUGUCACGUUCAAAUGUGUAUGCGUUGUUUUUCAGCGAAUAGUGGUUGUAGCGAUCAGUAUAUCAUCUCUUUACCCGGUCAUAUUGAAGUCACCAUGGCCACGAAUGUAUCAAUCAAUAAUGCAUUGGAAACCCCAUCCAUAUAUACAUGCUUUAUACGCAAUUCAAGAAUGAUACCUCGGUACACCAAAUCAAACAUGACAGAAACAAACCCAUCCAAGUACCUGACUCCGCCUAUUUCGUGGUCUAUAAAAUGUGCAAAGAAUUGAAAAUAAUCCACGCCAUGCUGGUAUAGCAAGAUGCAUGGAACCUUGACUGAUGCGAGAGUCGACUCCUGCCAUGGGUGGAUGAUCAGAUAGAAACAAAAGGGAAUGGUAGAUACGGAGAGCUCCCUAGCUCAAGACAAUUCUUCAACAGAUAAUGAUCUUGCAUGACUGAAUGAAUGACAAUCACAUCACUGUGCAUCCGCCGCUUCGGGCACGACGUCUACCUCCGACAUACACAUCAAGACUCAAAUCUUCUUCUUCUUCAUCAAACUGAUACAAUCGUUCGGCUUCACGCGCACGGCGCCUGCGUCGUCUUGCGUUUGCACCCCCUGCGCCGGCUUCUUCUGUCGCCAUCAUAUAAUCUGCCCAUUUGCGAUCAAGAUUGUUUGCGGAUGCAAGAGAUCCGCGGAGGACACGUUUGUUAUGCUCGUUGGCAGUCAUUUGCCAACCGUGGAAACAUUUGAGUUCAAUAAUCUCCUUAGGAUAGUAAGAGACAACGACUGGGGGUGGUAAGCUAGUGGAUGACGAGGACGAUGAGGAUGGUGAGUCUGUUCUUGAUUCUUUGACAGUCACUGUGGCUUGGUUUUUCAAUGAGCGAGGUAUAUAAGCAUUGCUGGAUAAGACCUCCCGCACACCAGCCCAAGUUACAUUGACGCAGUCGAAUACCACAAUGCGCAGUCCGACUUUGGGUAGGUCCGUUCCAUAACCCCUCUUACGGACGAGGGAACUAGCUUCCAUUAGGCACAAAUCUGAUACUCGGGUGUUGUCCAUUUCGAGAGAUCUCAACUGGCGACAAUGUUUCAACACCUGCAGCAUCCCGAUAUCUCCGAUGCUAUCGCAAUAGCUGACAUUAAGAUGCUCCAAAGUAUCGGAGCACGGUGAUUUGGCUAGCUCGACCAGAAGGUUAUUUGUGACGUUGUCAAGAUCUUCCAUAUCGAAGUGACUCAGCUGUGGGGUGGUCUGAAUCACAUCGACGACGGAAUCGUCUGUGAGCUCCGUGCAUUGGGAAAUCUGAAGACCUUGCAGAGCGGGUACAUUGUGGGCAAGACUGCGAAGACCCGCGUCCGUUAUGCUUGUACAUUGAUGGAUGUCCAAGUGUCUUAAUACGCGUGGUGGAACAAUAGGUCUGUCCGUCAAGACGUCAAUUUCGGGAUCUCUGCCAACCAUGAGCAUUUUCAAGCUUCCGUCUGUGACAUCUGUGCGAUGGAGAACCAGUCUCUCUAGAGUAUUCUUCUCGAAAAGACAUUCCAUGAUACUUUCGUCAUCGAAUCCCCGAAUCUCUCCGGCACGCAAGUCUCUGAGCUUCGAGCAGGAUUCGACGACUCUUUUGAGACCUUUGGUAUCGACGUUACAGCACCACGACACAAUCAGUGUCUCCAAUUGAGGACAUGUCUGGGCAAUGAUCUUCAUAGCAGAGUUGGUGACGGUGGAAAGUCCUGAGACAUUGAUAUAUUGCAGCGAAGCGUUCCGCAGGAAGAAUCCAUUGAGUGAGAUCUUGUCGAUUCGACAGCCCUCAACAGAGAAAUUGACCACAUUGCGACAGGCACUAGAUAUCUCCUCGCCCUCAAAUAGCCAUUUCUCUCGCAAUUGCACACACCCUCGCAAGUUGAGAUCUCGUACAAACGGUCCCGCCGUCGUGAUAAUCUUCAUCAAAGCACCACUUGAGAUCUUGCUGUAAAACUCCGAAGUGUCGAUCUGAGACCAUAAUUGGCCAUCAAAACACAUGUCGUGCCACGCUUUUGACACCAAAGAGCAUCUCACAAUCUCCUUGGGGGUCAAAUAGCCGAGUAUCUUUGU